GGAGUUGGGUCAUCAGUUCUCCACACAAGCCUCGUGGAAGUCACUCGAGUUGGUUAUGUUGCGCAUUGUCGGAGUCGUAUCCGAGCCCGCUGCGGAAUAGUCCUCUGUCGUAUAAACGUGGAUGUUUUCAGACAGCAGCAGACAGAAGAGUUCACCAUGACGAAGAAGCCAUCUCCCCGCUGGUUUGGAGUUUUUCUCGCCACCGUUUUUAUCUUUGUGGAGAGUCCAGUCAGCGCCCAGCACUCGGGGAACCACUUUCACCGACAGACCAGGACCUCAGAGCCUCUGGUGAUAGGAAGCCACAAUCCCAGGGUUUACCUGAGCCCAGACCAGCUCCGACGGCUUCACUUCAAGCCCACUGUAGGCUCCCUCCUGUUGUCAGAAGGCCAUGAGGCUAAGUUCAACUGCUCCAUUGACAUCCCCGAUGCCAGGCUAGAUCCCACCAUCGUCUGGGUGAAGAAUGGCCAGGAGCUGGCGGCUGCCACUCAGGUGGUGAUCAACGAGCUCAGGACCAGCACGGAUGGGAUCACGACUCUCCUCUCCACUGCCAUCAUCAACCAGGUGCAGAGAGUGGAUGCCGGGGAGUAUCGAUGCAGACUGAUUAUCAGCAAUAAGAUAGUAGAGUCUGGGCCAAUCAUUAUCGAGGUAGAAGGUCUGCCAACAUUUAUCAAGCACCCAGAGGAAAUGAACAUAACGAGAAACACCCCAUUCAUGUUGGCAUGUGAGGCGGUGGGACCUCCAGACCCCGUUCAGAUCCGCUGGCUUCGUAACGGAUUACAAGAUAGCGACCUUCAUCCCUCUCCCAGCACCUACUCCGUGCCAGGUGUGGACAAGUACACUCAGUUCAGCUGUGAAGCUCACAAUGACAAGGGUGUUACCACGUCCCGAGAAGCAAGUGUCAACAUCAAAGUUCUUCCCAGUCCUGUGUCUGAUGUUAUUGUGACCAAGAGGCAGUCAAACAAGUUGACUUUGAGCUGGACACCUGGACAUGAUGGCUUCUCACCACUCACCAAGUGCCACGUCAGGGUCACAGAAGUGAGUCGGAGGAAAGGGGAGGUGAUGACCACCAGAUUCCACAACGUCACAGUGCCGCCUUUUCAUUGUGAAGUACCCGGGCUGCAGGCUAUGACGUGGUACAACUUGAGCGUUUCCUGCAACAACGAAGUGGGGGCGUCUCCCGUCACUAUGUGGAUCCAGAGCAACACCACAGAGGGAGUGCCAUCAGUUUAUCCCCGAAAUGUCACAGUGCAGCUGAAUGAGUCCUGGUUGGUGAUCACAUGGAAGCCUCCGCCAGAUGAUAAGAUUAAUGGCAUCCUACGUGGUUACGAUGUGAUCGUCAGAUAUGGCACACAGGAGAGGAAGGUCCACAGCAACACCACCACAGUCUCGGUAGCUGUUCAGGAAUUCAACACAACUUACAGUGUGGAGGUGGCAGCGUGCACACAGGCAGGCAGCGGCAUGAUCAGCCCACGAGUCUGGUACUUUGUGCCCGGAGAUAAAUCAGUCGUAUCGCCCUCGUCCAGCCCUGACACUGCGUCUACCCAGUCGGCCCUCGUUGUCGGGGCCGUGGCGUGCACCAUCUGUCUUCUGCUGCUUAUCCUCUGGGGGGCUAUCUGUCUACGCAACAGGACAUCUGGGUUUAGGCAGAUGUUUAGAGGUGAAGAGAAGCUGCCACCUGUCAUACAGUACACACCACAGAGAUCGUACAAUCGAUCUCCCGUAGGAAUCACACUUGGCAAUCUUGGUAUUAGUCAUGAACUCCAGGUCAAACUUCACGAUGUGAUGGUCACGAGGAGCUUGCUUUCAGUGGGCAAAGUUCUUGGAGAGGGUGAGUUCGGCUCCGUGGUGGAAGGACAUUUGAGAAGACCAGAUGGCACCUCAGAAAAAGUUGCAGUGAAGACAAUGAAAUUGGAUAGCUUCUCUCAAAGGGAGAUUGAAGAGUUCCUGAAUGAGGCAGCCUGCAUGAAAGAUUUCAACCACCCCAAUGUCAUCAAACUGCUCGGUGUGUGCUUGGAGGUAAGCUCAGCACAUUUCCCCAAACCCAUGGUCAUCCUGCCAUUCAUGGAGCAUGGAGAUCUACAUAGCUUCCUGCUGCGCUCACGCCUGGGAGACAGUCCGGUGUUGAUGACCACUCAGACACUCUUGAAGUUCAUGGUUGACAUUGCUCUGGGUAUGGAGUAUCUCAGCGGUCGUAACUUUCUGCAUCGUGACCUGGCGGCACGCAACUGCAUGCUGCGUGAUGACAUGACGGUGUGUGUAGCGGACUUUGGGUUAUCUAAGAAGAUCUACAGUGGAGACUAUUACAGACAGGGCAGAAUAGCCAAAAUGCCUGUGAAGUGGAUUGCAGUGGAGAGUCUGGCUGACAGAGUUUUUACUGUAAAGAGUGAUGUGUGGGCGUUUGGCGUCACCAUGUGGGAAAUUGCUACACGGGGCAUGACGCCAUACCCUGGAGUCCAGAACCACGAGAUUUACGACCAUCUUUCUGAGGGACACAGGCUGAAGCAGCCACCGGACUGUUUGGAUGAACUGUAUGAGAUCAUGUACAGCUGCUGGAGGGCAGAUCCCCUGGACCGGCCCUUGUUUCCCGAACUGCGAGAAAUGUUGGAAAAGCUCACAGAAAAGUUUCCAGAGUCUUCCAGCAAGGGGGAUAUAAUUUAUAUUAACACCAGCUUCCCCGAAGAGGACCCUGAUGGAGAACUGUUUCGUGCACAGCAUCUUCUGCUCAGCUCGUCUCCUUCCUGCAGCCGCCAGGCAGCAGAGAACACAGUAGUGACUGCAGACAUUCACGGGAGCCUGGAGGACGAUGACGAUGAGGACAGUGGUCGCUAUGUGGUGGUGAUGUCCUCACAUCCGUCUCUGAGAUCUGCUACAGUGGACACUCCUCUUUUGUCAGGUGACACAAACAUGGACGCCAACGUAACGGCGGCGGAUCACAGCUCAAGUGACACCUCUCUCCUGCUAUAACUACUGGUACCCUGCAGUCAAAGCUGUGACAGAACUCUUAUCCUUAUUCGUCUGUACUAAUUGGUUUGCCUCGUUGCACCAGGAGCAUCUUCACGUUUCCUCUUGUGGACUUCCUGUUGUAUUGUUACUUAAGCAGUUUGUGCUUUCCGUGGCCAGUCUGCAUGUCAGUGUUAAUUAUUGUAUUAUACAUGCACAUGUUCCAUAAGCUUAAGACACACUGAACUGUGAAAGUGUUUACUGUAUGUGGAUUGCGAUGUAAAUAUGGAAAUGUAUAGAUCAUUUAUAAAAUGGUAUACUUUGAAAAUAAAUUGUUUAUUGACUGCUUCAAAACCUGUUAAACUCACCAAGGGAAAUAUUAGUAUGUUUAAAAAAAAAAAAAGUGUGAGGAUAUUUAAAAAACCUAAGCAAUCGUGGGUUUUUGAGAAGUCAAAUGUAGCAUGGGAUGAUCUUAUUCCAGCCAGGAAAACAAAAUUAUGUUCAAAUAAAGUCGAUAAUGUAUAGUUGCAUGUAUGAGAUUUAUGUUUUUUUGUUUGUUUUUUUUCCUCAGAACAUUUUAUGGUAGCUGAAAGGAGUAAUAAGACAUGCAAACCUUGGGAGCAGCAGAUGCUUUGUUAUUAGAAACAGCAGGAGAUACAGGUAGAUCGAGCUACCUCAAAGGCUCCUCCGCCCUGUGGUGCGUUCAGUAGGUGUACGAUACCACUAUUUUCCUUUUGUUCCGAUACCAAGUAAUACCAAGGCUAAUAACCCGAUACCGACAUCGAUACUUUUAGACGUCUACUUUUGUAUAUGAAAACGAUGACUUUUGCAAUGAAAAUUUGUGAAUAUAAUUAUGAUAAAUGUAUUUUAUACGUCUGUAUAACAAUUAAACAAGCUGCCAAAUA